AUGGAGUUCGCCGCCGGCGCUGGGGUGGCCCCGCGCUUGCGCCUGCGGCAGCUGCCCGCCGGCCCCGGCCCCGUCCCCGGCCGCAACCGCUGGGUUAGGGUGGGCGGCGGAGCGAUCGGCAUCGGUUGGGCCCGCCGCGCGACCGCGCCGGAGCUCUCGCUGGCUCCCGCCGUCGCGAGACGGGCGGUCUCCGCGGCGGGAGGAGGCCACCUACUUCACGGCCGCGUCGGCGUCGUCGUUCGCUCAACCGGCGACGGCGGCGGUCGUGUGGGGUUCCGCGGCGAGGACGCCGAGGGUGAUCGAUCACACCCUGCGCGCGCGUCUCCGUCGGAUGGCGCGAAGGGCGCGACUCCUGCGGGCAAUUCAGUUCGGGAUCAUCCUGGAGGAAUUAGGAAGGAGCUCAUGAAUCUGGCCGUACCGGCCAUAGUUGGGCAAGCAAUCGAUCCUGUGGCGCAGUUACUGGAAACCGCAUAUGUUGGCCGCUUAGGUCCUGUGGAGUUGGCUUCGGCUGCCGUUGGUAUGUCAGUAUUCAACAUUAUAUCAAAGCUCUUCAACAUACCCCUCCUAAGUAUCACGACAUCAUUUGUGGCUGAAGAUGUGUCAAAACAUGACUCUUCACAAUCUGCUUCGGGAAAUAUAUCUGGCAAGAUUGGAAAAAGGAAGAGGCUUCCUUCAAUUUCUUCUGCUUUACUCUUGGCAGCUGCAAUUGGUGUCAUUGAAGCCUUGGCUUUGAUUUUGGGGUCUGGAAUACUCCUCAACAUUAUGGGUGUCUCACAUGCAUCAUCUAUGCAUAAUCCAGCAAGGCUAUUUCUUUCUGUAAGAGCACUUGGUGCUCCUGCUGUUGUAGUUUCAUUGGCUAUCCAAGGUUUGGGUAACAUCUCAGCGGUGGUUCUGCUUCCUUUUUUUGUGUAUUCCCUGAACUUUGGAUUAACUGGAGCUGCACUUGCAACUAUUGCUUCACAAUAUGUUGGUAUGUUUCUACUUCUUUGGUCUUUAAGCAAGAGAGCAGUUCUAUUACCACCAAAAUUCAAAGACCUAGAGUUUAUGGGGUACAUAAAAUCUGGUGGCAUGCUGUUAGGGAGAACCCUUUCAGUUCUGAUAACAAUGACUCUUGGGACUGCAAUGGCUGCUCGGCAAGGCACAGUAGCUAUGGCCGCUCAUCAAAUAUGUCUGCAAGUUUGGCUGGCAGUAUCAUUACUUUCGGAUGCAUUGGCUGUUUCUGCUCAGGCACUGAUUGCAAGUUCAUUUGCUAAACUUGACUACGAAAAAGUGGAGGAGGUCACGUUCUAUGCAGGAGUGUUCGUUGGUAUCGCUUUGACACUUCUUCUGUUUGCCUCUUUUGGUAGGCUUGCAGAAGUAUUCUCCAAAGAUCCCAUGGUUAUAGAAAUUGUGAAGGGUGGUGUUUUGUUUGUUAGUGCUAGCCAGCCUAUCAAUGCCCUCGCUUUUAUCUUUGAUGGACUCCAUUUUGGUGUCUCAGACUUCUCGUACUCAGCUUCCUCCAUGUGA